AUGAUGUUAUCAACUGCAAAGCUUCCCUUCGAAAAGGGCAAAAUAGCUGGUGAGUGUCUUACUUAUUCGCCCGACAAACAUUUCGUGUGUUCUAAUCUUGAUAUUUGUGACAAUCGCUGUCCUCGUACACAUCCUCCUCCUGAUGAUGAUCCUGAUGAGGGUGAGGUUGAUUUUCGUAUUAAUUGUCGUGAUCUUGGUUAUUUUAUUACUGUUGUUCGUCGUGAUGGUCCUUAUUUUAAUGCUUGUCGUGAUGGUGGUCUUGAUCUUCCUCCUGCUGUUGAUGGUCCUAUUAAAUGUGGUAAAUGUGCUGAUGUUAUUAGUGAUGAUGAUCUUUGUUUUCAAUGUACUAAAUGCAAAAGUGUUUACUGUGAGAAUUGCAGCUUUCAAUAA